AUGCUCUGCCUUGUGCCUCACAAGCAUAUGAUAAAAGAGCCUAUUUUGCUUUGCAGCCUUCUUCGCUUCGCCUAUUUGGCUCACGUUAAUUACCCACCUGGGAUGAGGAUCGCUAUGAAGCCUAAUACCAAGCUAUCUCAAAUCCCGGAUUGCGGUGGGCUCUCACUACGAUCACAGCAAUUUUUAAAGGCCCCAAGCCACCUGGGGAACUAUACGGGGAGGCAUGAGCACCUUGCCAUGUACUGGUUUGAUUUAACGCCGGUCCUAUUUGGUGUAAGCCCAGGAGAGAUGGACUCCACGUGGAGAAUGAUGAUUUCGGCGUUUGUUUAUGAGCCUACUAUGGUUGCUAAUCGACGGCUAUCGCCUUGGAGCUCAUGUGCAGUCCUUGUUCUAGGACCCGGCUAUAUAAAACUGAAAACUGAACCACCCUUGACUCUUAACUGCUCCACUACGCCUAACCAAGGAUAUAUGCAGAUACUUUGGCAUAUGUGCAGGCCGCCAGCAGAUCAUUCAGAGCAGCGUUGGAGUGGGUUUUAA